AAUUAAAAAUUGGUGGAGCACUGCUCGUGUGUCUUAGGGCCUUAGUGGACAGGUCUGUAAUCUUCCUCUGUUCACUUCUGUUGGGGGUAUUAGCCCUCUGAUAGCCUGGCUUAAGCUCAGAGGUUUUGGAAGCAAACAACCAGCUUUUCAUUGUGCCAUCCAAGGGCCAGCCAACGACGACCUGCAACAUGAGAGCUGUCCAAUGCUGCCUGUUGCUUGCCCUCUCUGUCGUCCUAUUUGCUUCUUACAGUUGGGCACUGCACUGUUACACCUGCAUGGGGUCGACAGACGAAGACUGCAAUCGACAGGGGUCCAAAACGUGUCCAAGCUACUCGGACGCCUGCGCUGUGGUCAAAGGACAUGGCAGUGGUGUGAUGAAGUCCUGCUCCUACAAAUCCUUCUGUAGCCAAGCCAACAGCCAAGGCUACAGAGCUCCAGGGGUGAAGGUGUACUGCUGUUACUCAGACGACUGCAAUGUGACGGGGCAUGCAGCCAGGCUCAGCGGAGGGGUCACCUACCUGCUAGUCCUUCUGCCGCUGCUCUGGCAUCUACUGUCAAGCUAAAGCUGCCCAGCAUGAACCUAAACGACCCCUGCAACAAUGUGUCAUACGACAGAAACUCACGUUAUGAAGUCUGUAACCUCUGCAAAUGCUAUCAUGUCUUUGAUCAUGCUUAUUAUACUGAAACCAAUCGCACAAAUGGACCUAUCGCAACAAACACAACACAGUCAACAAGUGUGCUUGUCUAUUUUAAACAGAGUAAUGAGUGUUUUCGUGGCUCAUGCUGCUCUGUGUGAUUAAUUAAAAGGACAAAGGAUGGAACUGAAAAACAACAAAGGCCUUUGAAUCCUAAAUCAAAUAUAUUACACUCAAUGUAAUGAAAAUAAAUCUACUGUGGAAGUGAAGUAGAUGUACUACUGCUGGAUAUCUUCAUUAUUUGCUAGUUCUAAUCUGCACAUAAUAUAUAAUAAUAUUCUGGAGGCCAGAGCACAUGACCAACACUUAAUAUUAACACAAUAAACACAAACAUUCUAACAUAUUAGUAAUGCUGCAAAUAAUGCUAUGAAUAAUUACAAUAAAUAUAAUUUUUUGGUGCCAUAAAACCAGGGUUUAAACAUCUUCCAGUCCCAGGCAAUAUGUAAUACAUGUCAUGUCACUUUGGGGACACUGACCCUAAAGAACUAUGUUUGAAAAAGAUAUGUGUGAGUGUGAAGAACCUUCAAAAGGUUUAAAGAACACGUCACAUAAUCUAAUAUGUCCAUAUCAGUUUAUGAGUUACUAGUUUAUUAAAGGUUGUAUUGUUCUGGCUACUCUGUUCUGUUUGUUCAUAUUUGUUAGUUUGAUCUGUGUUUUCUGGCCUUAACAAUCUUUUCCACUUAUUUGAAGUUAGAUUUUAUACACUGGGAUGGUUUAAGGUAACAUACAAAAAAAGUUUAAAUGGGUGUUUUAUGUAUAAGACUUAUAAUACACACUUUACACUUGUUGUUGGUGAUUUACUGUAAAUAUAAACAAUAAAGCACUUCGUUUUCCAUAA